UCGAAAUUUCGGUGGUAUCAAGACCUACGUCACUGCUCGUUUCCAUCGACGCGCACGUUCCUCGCAAACGCGAUUGUUUACGCGACACGUGAACCGACUAAAUACUAUCGAUAAACGAAACAGUAAUAUAUAAAUACGUACGUUGUAUCAAUAUCGCUUAAUAUUCGCAUAAACUAGUGUUCCAUUAUAGACUACUACAAACUCUUGCAACAGUGAACUAGUGAGUGCUAUAGUCGAAGAGGAAAUAGUGUGAUUUGCUAUGGAGAUUUCGUGGUUCCUGUUGUUCACCUGGUGCGUCGCAUUGGUCAGAGGUUUCGAUCUUGGACCGAUCGUCAGGAUCGCGCAGUGCAGAUCGCAGUGCCUCAGAAAGCAUACAGUCGAUGGGAUAUGCGAUUGGUACACGGGACACCAGCAAACCAGUUGCAGCAAGUGCUGGCAGUACUGCGAGGCCCUCGAGAACCGGUGGGAGAAGACGAGAACCAUUUGCGAGGGCGACCAGUAUCUACAUUGCCCAGCCUGUCAGACAGCCUGUACCUUCCGCAAAACAAGGGUGGAGGAGAAGUACCUUCCCUCGAUGCUACCAGCGCCAAAGAAAGCUCCCAUAAACGUGGACAAAUUCGACGUGUCGGUGGUGAUGCGCAGGCUUUACAAGCAAUGGAGAGUGGACGGAUACUAUCCUGGAGAACGCACGCCUAAUCUGAGACCAGACACCUGGAUCAUCGUCGCCGUGGAAGACGGAGUGAGGCACUACAGUUGGCAAGAGUGGGUUCCAACGUUGGAAUCGUUGAAAGAAGGCCCCCUGUACGAGGCCACCAUCUCCUGGAAGGACGUCCAGACUCAGCUGCAGAAGCAGAAGAACUUGCAGCAGGUUAGGUUCAACAACCGAGUGAGGCAGUUCUUCCUGGAGAAGUAUGGAGAAAAAGUCUUGGCGGAGUGGAGGAGCCAAGAGGACUCUCAGAUCUCCGACGAGAUAUUCCGUAGGUUUUUCUUCAGGAGGAAGGACGAGGGUGGCGAAGAGGAUCUAGAAGGUGACAACACUCCCUCUACAAGCAGCGCGUACAACGACAAAGUGGACAGGGAGCAAUCAGGGAACAAGGAGUCUUACGUGGUGUCCUGGGAGCCAGAGACAGGUGGUCUGAUGGGGAACCAAGUGGCAGACUCGAAUUUUGCGCAGAUUUCUUUGACCCCUGGCACCAAAUACCUAGUUAGAAUCGCCUCGAACGACGGACCUGGCAGCUUCCCCAUCGAAGUGGACACCAGGCCCAGUUCCGUUCAGGCCGAAAGGAUAGAGACAACGUUUCAGGACUUGUAUCCUUGGGACAUCUUCGCAGCCUCGAUCGCUGCAGCGAUUUUAGUCUUUGUCGUUGGUAUGAUGAAGGUCUGCAAGAAGAACAAAAGCUACGAAGUGGAGGAAGUGUGAGGGACUAACGAACAAUGAAGCAUCGUUCAAGACGAUGGCAAACUCAGGGAUAUGUUUUGCUUUAACGCGAGCGAAUCCGGCGGAUUAAAGGUAACAGAGAGAGAGAGAGAAGAUUGUUGCUGGACUGUGCUGCCGUUAGUGUACAAAUAGUUGAAACCGUCAUUCGAAGAUGGUCACGAGUAGUCACUAGUAUUUCUCCUUGUAUAAUUUCUUUGCAAGUAGGUGUGAGAUCUUUGUUGACGUUAAGUGAACUGUAAAUGUGAACGAGUUUAAUGUGCGUACGAUGUAAAGUAGUUCUUAAAGUAUGUAGACGACCCAUUGCGAAUUGUAGAGGAAAUCGACGGCAACUUUGCAAACGAGGGAAGCAGGAGGUUGGAGCAUCGUCCAAUCGAAGAAACGUACAAAGAACUUCGCGAGAGAUUAUAAAUAAUUGACUGGCCGAUCUCGGAAGCAGGAUAUGUACAGAUUCUUCGAUGAUAUUUUUGUACGUAUUAAGAGUACUAAAUAACUUCUUGCUCAACGCGCAACGAACAGACUGUAAAAGAGUUCCUAUCGCCGAGACAGAAAAGCGACGCCGAAUCGCGGCGCCAAAUCUCUGUAUUUAUUUGUAAAUAGUAGCUCCAAAGCUUGUACAAAGUCUUUAAAAUAUAAAUAAAUCACU